AUGCGGGUAGCUGCGGCCUACGGCCUGGAGCUGCAGUCUCGAUCGAUCGCGCCGUUUUACCACCCGUCGAAUGGGAACAUCGAGUCCCACCGCUUUCUUGUGGGGACGUCUAGUUUUGCGGGCGACAACAAAAUUCACGUGCUCGAGUACCAAGACGAGACGCGGCUUCUCGAGUGCUCGACCGUGUGGUUCCAUGAGGAGGAGGUGUUUGGCCUGUGGAGCUCGCCGUCCUUGACGGAGCCGAGCCUGUUUGCGGCGGGCUCGCCGGGCACGACGCGCGUCUUUCAGGUGCCGGAGUCGCUCGCGUGGGAGCUGCGGGAGGUCGCCGCCUUUGACGUGGCCGCCUCGCAGGUGCUGUGGGACCUGGACGGGCUGCAGAACGAGCUGCGGCUGACGUCGCAGGACACGCUGCGGGUGUACGCGCUCGGCGAGGGAGGCGCCGGGAGGGAGGCGGCCCGCUUCCGCAUCGCCGGCGACACGCGGAUCAGCUGCGCCGCCCUCGACCCCCACCACUCCUCCGUCUGCAUGGCGGCCUGCGAGAAAAGCGGCCUGCACCUGGUUGACACGCGCAAGCGGCACCCCGAGCCCAUCGCCGACACGGCCACCCUGCAUGGGAUGGGGCAGACUCGCUGCGUCGACUUCAGUUCCUGCCAGGCAAACCGCUUUCUCACCUCCGGCGAUGACGGGUGCGUGCUCUGGCACGACCUGCGCAUGAGCGGCACGACGUGCUCCGUGGAGCGGCGGCACCACCUGCAGGCGCACGAUCACGCGGUGCCACGGGCACUGCUGAACCCCUUCCACGAUGAGCUACUCGUCUCGUGCGGCUGCGAUCACACGCUGAAACUGUGGGACAGUUCGAAGCGCGGCGGCGACCACGAGCCUGCGAUUUGUCUGAAGAAACUCGCCGACUUCGGCGACUCCGUCGUCGAUGCGUGUUGGAGCAGCGGCACGCCUUGGGUCUUUGCGGGGGUCUCGUACAACGGCAAGGUCCUCGUGGACGACGUGCCGAAGGAGAAAAAGAUGGCGAUUCUCCUGAACGAUGGAUGA